UCAAGGCACUGCACCGGAGAGCAGGGCAAUGGGCAGCACGAUCUUGCCGACCCCCGCCACUCCGACAGGCACCACCUCACGUCAUCAAGAAUCGGAACCUACCCCGACCAUGGCAACCCAGGCGAUACAGCCCACCGCACUCAUCGAGCCGGUUGUUGCCGCGACUCCGAGCAGUACCCACAAUACAUCAGGCACCCAGCCCAGUACUGCAUCAUCGAGGAAGACUCGAGGCGGCUCGACGAUCCGCAGUGCUGCCAGAAAGUCCGGUCAAUCGCUCGACCAGAUUUAUCCCGACCUCUUCAAACCCACCAAUCGCGCAACCUUUAAGGACCUGCUGAGUGAAACCGAAAACAUUCGAGUUUUCUACCCCUGGGUUGCCGCCAACCCACCCAGCGCCACCGAAAUGACCAUGAUGAAGAACAAGGUCGAUUACCGGAUCCGGCAGGUGCUUUUCGUCUUCUGUAGCACCAAGCCACUUGGUCGCAUCGUGGUCGAUGCAUGCCCGGACAUCAGCAAUACAUCCAGCACCUUUUCAAACCUCUACGGUUAUGCGCAGCGAAUGUCCGCCAACUUCAAACACCGGCUUCUGUACCAGCAAAUGUACGGCCUUGCACGGACAUGGUUAGACGACUUUGGGUACCAGGAUUUCAGCGGAGCCGAUCUCGAGCACACCAAGAGAUGGAUUUACAGCCGUGUUGAUGCGACACUCUUCAAGGUCGUAUUCAAGCAAUGGGCACCAAUUCUCGACUGGGAGAACACCUUUGGCAAGCGAUACAAGAAGCCCUUCUAUUACCUGAAGAUCAUGUUUGCGACUAUGAUGAAGGAAGUCGCUUUUGUCGUUAUCUCAGAGGAGAUCAUGAAUCAAGGUCGACAGUGGCGCCCAACCAUCAUGACCGGCUGGAAGCGCGACGACACACAGCGACGCAUCUGCGACAAGGUCUUUGACAGCCUUGCAGCUUUCGAGAACUUCGAGGACAUUGAGCUUAACCAUUUCACGUGGCUCCCCGCCGGCAGUAGUCUACAAGAGCCGAAUGAAGAUCUGGUCAUCGCCCACUCAGAGUUACUCAACCAGCAUAUCAUCUCCAACUCGCCUCCCCCUGGUUCUGAGAGCGACGAGCCUUCUUCUGCCCGAGAUUCACCGCGCCGCAAGACAACACAGCGUCCUCCUCGUCAUCACAUCCAGCGCCCUGCCUCAACAGACACGACUGACAGUUUUGGCAUGCCAUAUGCGAUGUCUGCCCCUAAGACAAAGGACACGGCUAAACCCCAGCCUACAUCUCAUGGUCAUCCUCAAACUGACGACGGUCCCCGUAACAUUGGCACCCGGGGGAAGCAGAUCAUCGUCUCUGAUCACGAGCAAGAUGAUGAUGAUGACUGCAUGCUCGUAGACGAUGACGAAGACAUCUUCAGGGACAGUCAGCAGCACGCGAAGCUCACAGAUAAACGGGCUAGCACAUCACCUGGUUAUGACGAAGAUGAUCAGCCGCUAUUGCGUGCUGCGAGCAUCAAAUAUUCGCCGCACAUUGUCGCCGCUGUCGAUGACCAGCGGGCACGCCGCGGUUCGGCCGGGCCCAGUGUCCGAGGCAUUCAAGCCGCCCGUACCCCACUUGUCGCACCCUCCUUCAGUGACGCCCCCACUGGUCUACUCGGCGCUAGCCGUGGUAUUCAUUCGGGCGUUAUACACGUGAUACAGCCUAUUACCCGCAGCUUUAUGGGCGGUUCGGCAGCGUACCAAGACGCUGAAACACCCGUGCCGCUGCCUCAUAUCCCCAGCUUCAGCCAACCCACCGGAUCAAUUCCACCGAGCUUCCAAGGCAUCACCAGAACACCAUCGAAGAGAAUGUCACCGCCGCCUCCUUCACGGUCUGGCUGGGGUACCGGAUUAGUUCGCCUCUCACAUUCCAGGAUUCUUGUGCCCGCCAUCCCGACAUCCGGCACUGGCAGCGUCCACGGCCGGUCGCCGGUGCAGCGACCGACUCAGCAGUCUACAGCAUUCAGUGCGACUGUCAACGUUGCAACGAUAGAGUCCAUCCCAACGGCGAAGACAUCCCCGACGGGGUCUACCGCAGGCGGCUCUACCAGCACCGCACAAGCCACUUCGGUUACCCGCACUUCGAGUCGCAACCGCAGGAUAUCUCAACGUGCUCUAGAAGCUGACGGCAACACGCAGACAGUUCGCACCAAUACUCGUGGGGUCACAGCUAGACGUAGUAGUACUCCGGCCUCCCGGGGCAAAGGCGCGGGUAGCGGGCGUUCCGGCAAACACAUGUCUCAAUCUGUCGAGCAACAGCAGAGAACCCGGCUUGGACGUGGCGCACGGGUGGAUGAUGGUUCCUAGCUUAAGCGUCGCACCUCUCAGGAGGACCACAUCAGUCAUUCCAGCUUCUCGGCCCGCUCUCCUCCGAGCCCGCCAGCCGAUUUAAAGCAGGAUACCACUGGUUGCAGUCUGCGGUAACCUGGGCAGUAUCUUGAUCGGUCAGCUUGCUACAUUGUUUUCAGAUAUCGAUACAGUUCAGUAGCAUCUUUGCCACGGGAUCCCCGUUCCUGUUCUCAUGGUCAUGUUAUAUGCCUGUGGUCACUGUUCUCAUGAUUGUAUCAUAGGCAUGUGCUCCAGCAUAUAGGUCUGGUUGCACGCCCGUUCCUGUCAUCUAGCUCUUGCUCUCUUCGUAGGAAUAUUGAUCUUGUAUGUGCGAGCUGACCAGACCUUG